AUUUAGUUUUCUCGUUUCCUUUUUUUGUUUUAACCUUUUCCUUUUUUUAUUAUUUUUAGGAAUGUUGUUGUUUUGUGUUGUUCUUUCCCGCGUUUUCAUUGAUAUAAUCCUCCUCCCAUCUCUUCCUUUAUUACCAAUAUUCUUCCUCAUUUGUUUAAACAAUACCCUUACAAUAAUAUUUUUUUAUUUCCUUAUCGUUGGGACAAAAUGUCCUCUAAAUUGUUACUUUUCCACUGUAUUUUCUUUCUUUUAACUUUUCCUUUACUGUAAACAAUGCGCGAGAUUGUUCAAGUUGCUUCACUCAUUGUGAGACAAAAUGUCCUUUAUUUGCUUUGGUACCUUUUUGUUCUGGACCUUUUGAAUUUUUUCCAUUUCGAAGUCUCGAUUUCUGAUUCUUAAAAAUUUUUUUCUUAAAUUUUCGACUUUUUUGCCCUUCGCGUUUUAUUUGUUUUGCAACUGUGUUGCUUUUUUU